AGUGUGUCGGUGAGGUUAUUUUUUUGACAUUGAAGUUUGUCUCGUGAUUAUCAUUGAGAAAGCGCGAUGCACCUUUUUUUAAACUAAAAAAUGUUUGAACACUCCGUUCGAGUACCAAGAAAUUUUAAAAUAUCUGCAAAUAUUGUAAAGAAAGUAGCUACUGAAGGCGGCGGUGUAAAAAAUUUAUUGUACGAUAACAAGCUGCGACAUUUCAGAACUAAUGUUAUAUAUGCGCUUAUAACGGAAACUAUUAAACAUGCUGCUCAUAUAAACAAGCUCUUCGAAGCUACUGGCAUUUUAGAAAAAGAACAGCGCUUAGAUCCAUGGCUAGCCCGAGUUUUAACUACAGAACUGUUGUUUGGCAAAAAGGAGUUGCCCGGGCUCAGCAAACCCGAGCAAACUAUUCUGAGUUACAAAGAACAAUUCGAGAAAAUACCACUACAACUUGAUGAAGUAAAAUCUGAAGUUCGCAGACCUCGCUACGUAAGGAUAAACACUAAUCUCUUGACCACGUCAGAUGCCAUCAGAGCUUUCCAAGAUGAGGGCUACAAGUUCAUCAGAUGUACAUCGGGAUCAUACAAUGAUUACUUGCAACAGAUACAGGGUUUAUCGGAAUAUGACUUCACACAAGACUAUCAUGUGAAAACAAUGUUUGUUUUCCAUCCUGGCUCCAAGUUUCAUGAUCACGAUUUGUACUUGGAAAAUAAGAUUAUUCUGCAGGAUAAGGCUACAGCUUUACCAGUGCAAUUGCUUGCGCCUCCACCAGGCAGUGUAGUUUUGGAUAUGUGUGCAGCACCGGGCAUGAAAACAACACAAGUCGCCGCUUUUAUGAGGAAUCAGGGAAAAGUAUAUGCCGUUGAAAGAAAUGAAAACAGAUAUCAAACGCUCUGUGAUUUUGUUGAGAAGACCAAAUCUAAAUGCGUGACUACAAUGCACAGAGAUGCUUUGGAAAUUAAAAAGGGGGAGUGUGAAGAUGUGGAAUAUAUUAUUUUGGACCCAAGUUGUUCUGGAUCAGGUAUGCAACUCUCAGUACACAACUACGUGGAAGACGUUAGACUCGCUCGUCUCACAUCUCUACAAGAGAAAUUCCUAAAACACGCUAUGAAUUCCUUCCCAAAAGCCAAAAAAAUUGUUUACAGUACAUGUUCCAUAUUCCCAGAAGAAAAUGAAAGAGUUAUAUCCAAUGUUGUUAAAUCUUCUCGCGCUAAAUGGAAAGUACUAAAUGUUAAAGAUCUGUUGAAGGAACAAUGGAAUAACUAUGGUUCAGGAAUGUAUGGUGAAAUGGGAACGCGCUGUUUGUAUGCACGACCAGAAUCGGAUAUAACUACGGGAUUCUUUUUAGCAGUGCUAGAAAGAGAUCCUAAACAAGUGGAUAAUUCGGAAAACAUUGAAGUAGCAGACGAAGAACUUACACAGAAAAAAGCGAAAAAUAAUAAAAAACAAACCAGUGAAGAAACACAAGAGGCGGAAACUAUUGAACAAGAUGGUGAUGAAAAUUCUGGAAAUCAAAAGAAAAAGAAGAAAAAAUCAAAGCAUAAAAAAGAUGCAGAAGAUAAGAUAGUGGAAGAAGCAGAAACCACUAUUGUUGACGAAACGAGUGAGGAUAUAAAAUGUAAGAACAAAGUAGUUGAAGCAAGUUCUGAAAAUGGUGUAGAUUGUAUUGAAGUAAAUACUGAAACAGACAAGGUAAAGCAAAAGAAGAAGAAAAAGAAAAAACAAAAAGAUUUGAGCGAAGUUUCUGAAAAUCAUGACAUUAAUUCGAAUAAUGAUGAAGUGAUAAGCACAGAGGUUAAUUCGGAUGAAACGGAAUUGCCCAAAAAGAAGAAGAAAAAAAGUAAACACAAAGAAUUGAUAGAAAAUGACGUACUAGAACAAACCCAAGAAGGUAUUCAUAAAGACGUUGAAACAGAAACAUCAACAAAAAAGAGAAAGAAGUCAAAACAUUCUCUCGAAGAGGUUCCGGAGAAUGAUGAGGUUGAACCAGUUAAGAAAAAAAAGAAAAAGCGUAGCAAAGAGUAGCAUUUAGCUACCGUAUUUUGUAUGUUUUUAAAUAAAAAAAAUGUAUAGACAA